GAUGCAUAUCCGUACGUUAUUUCUCUCUGUACUGGCAGCCAGGCAGAAUAUUUUGAAUGGAAAAAACACCAAACACAUUUUUUGAAAAGCCAAAGUUGGUGUUCAAUAGUGGAGCUGGAAUAAAAUCUUUCUAUUUCACUAUUUUAAGGUUAAAUUGAAAAUACCAUUUGAAAGAAAAUAUCUGGAUGCCAUCUACACAAUUCCAAAUGUUAGUUUCACACAUGGAGUGAUCCUUAAUCAUGGUGCAAGUGGAGACAUGAACUUCCAUCAGCUGGUAUCCUUGACAGAAUUUCUUGCAUCUAAUGGGAUACUGUGCCUUAGGUUCACUUGCAAAGGCCCCAAUUUGGUCUAUAGAAUCAGAGCUUAUAGGGCGGUUGUGGAAUAUUUAAAAUCUUCAAAAGAAUAUAAAGUGAAAAGCUGGUUUCUUGGGGGUCGUUCCAUGGGGUCUAGAGCUGCUGCCUGUAUUGUUAAACAAUGCAAGGAUACCGGAGAUGAAGCAUUUGUGCAAGGUCUCAUUUGUCUGUCCUUUCCUCUGCACCCUGCAAAGCAACACAGUAAACUACGAUCAGAGGAUCUGCUUCAUGUACGCCAUCCAAUCCUUCUGGUUUCUGGAUCAGCAGAUGAAAUGUGUGACAAGAAUUUAUUGGAAAGCAUAUUGAAGAAAAUUCCAGUGGCUACCAGAGUAUACUGGGUCGAAGGAGCUGGCCAUGCAAUGGAAGUUAAAGGACAAAUAACAGAAAACAUCAUGGCUGAGAUCAAUGCUGAAGUCCUUUCAUGGAUUAAGAAAAUUCUUUAAGAAGAAUCAAGUCUCCAUGGGUGUUUAUAGACAAAAUUUGGUUUGUAACAUAAUUAUGAUGAAUAUUUUGAGCGAGUGAAUAAACCCAAUUCAAAAUGUU